AUGAAUAGAACAGUGGAGUUUUUUACAUUUCUAUCAAAAAAUCAAGAUGAUAGAGAUUUAAACAAACUCCUAAAAAGCAGAAUUUCAAAUCCAUUUAAUGAGGCAUCAGAAACAAUUGCGAAUACAAUUAAAUCUUUGCUUCAAUCCAUACAAGACACAGCUCCUUCUUUUAUUGAUAAAUAUAACUCCAUUUUAUCCCUUAGCUCUUCAAUGGAUGAUGAGCAAAGGGAAGCAUUUGUUAAAGAAACAGAAAAAUCAAUUAAUAAAUUAGAAAAAUUAAUUACAGAGUUAGCAGAAAAUGUUAAUUCCGGGAAAAUGGGCCUGAAAGGUCAAGCAAUUGAUCACAGUCAAGGAGUUUUUGCAUAUCUUGAUAAAAAUCUAAACCAAGCACGUAGAGAUCUGCAGUUUCUAUGUGUUCAAAGAGAAUAUGUAAUAUCAAAAUCACGUGCAGCUAUCCCUACACUUCCAGUUCCUGUUCAAAAUUACAAUGCAAGAAGUGCAAAAAUAAUGGAAAUAUCAAAACCGAAAAAGACAGUUGUAGCACCUGGAUACGAGAGAUCUUUGCUCCAAGAGCAUGAUAAUAUUGUAGAUGAACUUCUUGAUUUCAAUUCCGAACUUAACGUAACAGACGAACAAAUGGGCAAUAUAGCUAUGAUGGUUAAGUCAUUUAAUGAACUUAUAACCCGCCAAAAUCAACAAAUUAGAAUUAUUAAAGCAGAUGUUGAAAAGGCGCAAGAAAAUUACGAAGAAUCUCAUCAUGAUAUUAAUAAAACCAUUGAUAGAACAAAAUUCCAGCAUCUUUGGAUGGCAUUUGUUAUUAUUAUUUUAGGUUUGAUGUUGUUGAUCAAAUCAUAA